GUGUUUAUCUCGGUCCUCCUGCUGUCAUCGGAAGCAAACGUGCGCAGCUGAGGGCUUUUACCCCGUGGCUGCGCGUGCAUGUAACCAUCCAAAGCCUUUGGUGGUAUUUAAUCUUCGACUGCGAGAGAGACGGCGGACAGCUCCCGUGCUGAAAAUAACCUAUAAACGAAGCUGUCACUAUAUCGUCUGAAUCCAUCUGUGGAGUGCGGAGCGGAGCACAACGAUACACCGUAUUUACUCCGUCUUUGAUUCAUUGCUGUUGUCUGCCAGCAAAUUCACAUAGGCUGCAGUCCGUUUGAGGCUGCAAGAAAAAAGGGUGCGUAACACCUGUUAGAGACUCAAAACAACUAUUGGCUAUAGACUAGUUGGACGGAUUUCCGCGUGAAGAAGAGAGUGACGAGUUUGAGAGUGGGGAGUUGCUAUUUGCUGGCCCCACGGGUGUACUGACGCUAACUAAUCUCCGAAAGCAAAAAUAAAGCCGUUUACAUAUCCGUUUAUUCCUAAGCCCGACUGCUCUCCGCCACGAACAACGGACAUGGAUGGAAAGGAAUUUACUGUGACGAGAGCGCUGAGUGGAUUUGUGUGGCUGUGCUGCUCCCUUGGAAAUUAGAACCUUAUAAGUACAUCUUUGUGAGACACUACAGGAUUCAUAUUUUUGUUUUCAAAUCCAACUUUGACCUUUCUUUUGUGCAAUUUGGAAUUAUUAAACAGGAGGUGAUUACUUUUGAAAAUGGGGAAAGAGGAGUGCAAAACCAUGUUGGAUGCUCUGAACAAAGUGACCGCUUGUUAUAGGCAUCUGGUCAUAGCUCUAGGUAGCACUUCAGAUUCCCAGAAUCUACGUGAAGAGCUGAAAAAGACCCGCAAAAAGGCACAGGAGUUGGCUGUAGCCAAUAGGACUAAACUAACCACUCUUCUGAAGGAUAAGAGCAUCAGCAAGGACGACCGAGUCGAAUACGAGCGGCUAUGGGUGCUCUUCUCCAGCAGCAUGGAGCUCUUGGAAGUAGACAUGAAAAGGUCUCUUGAACUCGGCCAGGAUUUCCCGCUAAAGGUGCCCACUCGGCACCUGAUCCAGACGGGAAUGACUGGAGCUACAACCACUGUGGCCGCUCGGGCCAUGAGCGUACAGAACAUGAAGUACGACGCCGACGCUAACAUCGACACAGCGGACUUGAAAGACCUGGAGACCGAGAUCGUGCAGGUCGGGCAGAUGAGAGAGGAGAUGGAGAUGAAGGUUCAGGUAGCGCCGUGGGCUGUAGAGGCGAAGCAGGAAGCGGGUGCAGAGCUGAAAUCCACAGUCAGUGUUGGCAAUUCCUCAGUCGGCGUUAUAUCUAUCUGCGAGGAAGAGCCAAAGGAUGGAGAGGAGGGCGAGUCUGGCAUCAUGAAAAUCUUUGCCGGAAUCAUUUUUGCUGUCGUUUUACUCAUCGCUGGUAUUUUAGGAUACCUAGUGAUUAACCUUUCGUGAACUACACGAAAGAUGUAGUAGCAUUCAGAGUGUUAUUCUUUUGAGCGAACACUGGACAAUCUACUGAUGUGCCCCAGAGAUACCAUGACUAUGUCGAGCAAAGGUAAAAGCAUCUCAGUAAUAGUGUUUACCCAUGCACAACAGGGAAAAGAGAUACGUGUCUGCCAGUUCGACUGUGGUGGCCCAUUGCUAGUUAAAUGUAGAGGUGUGAGUGGAUUUGUUUGCUAAUAUGAGAAUAGAUGAAAACAGUAACGUUAAUGCUGUUCAGCAGUCCCUCGGCGUAAAAGAAGUAGGCUAGCCCAUCUGACACAAAGAUGGGCAAUACACCAGUGUUAAUGGUUUGGACAACGUCGAUAUCGGAUGUAAUCCGAAUGGAUUAGUCAGAAGCGUGUAUGCAUUAAUGUUCAAAGUUGAAUACAUCGCCCAACAGAUAGAAUAUUCACUUUUUAGUGAAACGUGCUGUUUGGAAUGUCUCAAAGUAGAUACAGCUAGCCGGCUUAUUGGAAAACAGUACAUUAAUGGAGCUUUAUCUGUGCGCAAAGACUGAGGAGCUUUUUGAAAAAGUAUGAAAGUAUUUGUCGCCUCUCUCUAACGCCACUUUGUCCAUGCACCUUGAAUGUCAUUUUUUUUUCAAUUUGUUGGAGUAAACUGCCCAGACUAGCUUAAAUCAUAUUCCCGACGUCCUUUUAGCAUAAUAAGGUCUCAUCCAAAUUUAGUAUGUGCUCUCUUAUUCAGGAUUACAGAUUCUUAUGCUUAGUUUUAUUGGUUUCUGGUUUUAUUUUUCAAAAGGCCUCUCAAAUCUAUUGUACAGCUCUCUGCCAAUGAAGAUGUGUGCAGUGUCUGCUUAUAAUCACGACGGGAGUGAGCUGAUUUGUAUAUAAUUGUAUUAUUUGUUGAAAUAGUGUAUAUACAAUAAAAUAUAUUUAUUAUAUAUAAACCUGCAUACAUGUUCAGAAUUAUUCAAUAUAACACUGACAGUGUUGAUAGUAUACAUUUAAUUGCCUCUCCUCCAUAGAAGUAUUUAAUCAUGAAGGAAGGCAUGUGAUGCUUGUGUGACCGGUGUUAAUGUAAGUGUUAAGCAUUAAAGUACAUUAUUAUGCAA